AUGAAUCUGGAAAUGUUCACCUGUUGUUUCUUUCAAAUUUCCAGCACUCCAACAAUGCAGAUCAACAAGACAAUCCAGAAGGAAUUCAUCCUUGUUGGCUUUUCGGUUUAUCCAGAUAUACAGGCAUUCAUCUUUGUGGUCUUCCUCUGCCUCUAUCUUUUCACAUUCAUGGGUAAUAUGACCAUCAUGGGUCUAACUUGGGUGGACACAGCCCUCCAGACCCCUAUGUACCUCUUUCUCAGUGCUCUCUCCUUCUCUGAGACCUGCUACACAAUGUCCAUCAUUCCCAAGAUGCUGGCAGAUCUGCUGGCCAAGAACAGAAGCAUUUCAAUUGUAGGUUGUGGCUUGCAGAUGUGUUUCUUCUUGGGACUUGGUGGCACCAACUGUCUCAUUCUCACUGCGAUGGGUUAUGAUCAUUUCCUGGCCAUCUGCAACCCUCUUCGAUAUCCUUUGCUUAUGACCAACAUAGUAUGUGGAAAACUUGUAGCUUCUGCUUGGGCUGGAGGAUUCUUCAUCUCUGUGAUACAGACUGCACUGAUAUUCAAAGGGGUUUUCUGCAACCCCAACCUUGUAAAACACUUUUUCUGCCAUAUGCAGGCAGUUGUGAAGUUAUCCUGUCUAGACAGUGACUUCACAGAAUUCAUUGUAACAGUGCUCUCAGUGUCAGGCUUGCUGGGUACCUUCUUGCUCAUCAGCCUCACUUACAUCUUCAUUCUUUCCACUGUCCUCAGGAUCCCUUCAGCUGAGGGCAAGCAGAAGGCCUUUUCCACCUGUGCUUCUCACCUCACAGUGGUCAUCAUCCAUUUUGGUUUUCCAUCUAUUGUUUAUCUGAAGCCCGAAGCCUCAUGGGGAGAUGAUACACUCAUAGCUAUCCCUUAUACUGUCAUUACCCCUUUUCUCAGCCCUCUCAUUUUCACCCUCAGAAAUAAAGAGAUGAAGAAUGCUUUCAAAAAGUUGCUGGGAAAGCUAGUUGUGUUGGAUAAAUGA